AGUCAAGUGAAGCUUUUCAAGUCCGCGGUGACAGGUACCGUGAGAAGUUCGCGUAGAAGUUAAGAGUUGAAUGGAGUAUUUUCACCUUCUCUCAGCUUCAACUGCAACAAGAUGGACGUUUUUUCUACCAUUGUAAAUGCAUCUGCGAUGUCUCUGCAUGUUUCGCUUCUUGCCAUCGCGUUUAACCCAACAGCUUGGAACAUCGUGGCCCGGAAUGAGUACAGAAACAAGACGAUUACUCGCAUAUUUGGUGGUAAUGCUCGCUAUGGAUGUUACUUCUUAGCCAUCAUGAUAUUUUCAUUUGGGAUGCUUCGUGAUCAUUUAUAUCAGCGUGCUUUGAGCGACCAACCUCGAGUUCCUAUGCUCUCUGCGCCAUAUGACAUUCUGAUACCGGUCGUUCUGUUUGCCAUCGGCCAGCUGUUUGUUGUCACUUCCACUUGGGCCCUGGGAAUAACUGGAACUUUCCUCGGGGACUACUUCGGUAUUCUGAUGGAUCAUCGCGUACAGGGUUUCCCGUUCAAUGUUCUGAGGGAUCCUAUGUAUGUUGGAAGUACGAUGUGCUUUAUUGCGACGGCCUUAUGGUACGAGCGGCCAGCCGGACUCCUCGUGAGUUUGUACGUGUAUAUCGUUUACCUGAUUGCACUACGAUUUGAAGGACCAUUCACUGACAUGAUCUACUCCAAACGAGCCUCUACGAAGAAGGCAUUAUGAUCACGACACCUGAAUGACAUACGGACACACAUUAUCAUUUACUUGGUCACCAAUAUACUAUGGUAACUUGCUCCAUCUGGCCAAGCUAAAAUUGUGCUUGUACAUAGCGUUGAUAAUUGUUUGAAUGUUAACGUCAUACAAGUUGGCGUCAAAGUUUAUCAUUCGUUGUGCCGCUGCAUGAUUUCACCGUGAUACUGGUAUGAAUAAAUUGAC